AUGAGUACCUCUACCAAGUUAGGCGCAGACGAUCUUAUCGUCGAGCCUAUCGCAGAGGCUGUGGCCAUGUACGACGAUCUUCUGGAGGAGCUCCGCAAGUUUAUGGCGACCCACAGACUCGUGCCUAAAGAGUUCGGCGCCGUUGAAUAUGCCUCUUUCUAUAUUGGUGGUGACUUUCAGGACGUCUUGCAGGGUCCAGAAUAUCGUCCCUUCUCAAGCCUCGCCAGAAGACCUGGCCCAGACUCUCUCGAAUCCUUCAACCACAUCGUCCGAAAGAUUACCCAGCAAAGCAUCAGAACUUGCAAUGCAAUGCUCCCUCACCUCAUCUACAAGAUCUCGAAAGUUCGCGAGCCUCAAGCCACCACUCCUGAACAGUCGAUCCAUGCGACUUCAGCUGUCCUCUUCGAGGUCAUCUGCCUCCGUCUUCAGCUUGGCAACGACCUUCACAUGUCGUUCAAAAGAGUUGGCAGAACCACCAUCGACUGUCUUGAGCGUCUGAAGGAGCAGAACGAGGAGUGGUCAAAGAUCUGGAACGAUGGAUUGAAGCAGUUCGAGCCUGAGACGGUCAAACUCGGCCUCAACCAGAUCAAGAAUGCUAUGCAGAACGUGGAGGGAAUGAUGUUGGGCUGUCUUCGCACAAUCCACACUCAUCAGAAGAAGAAGGGAUGGUAG